GAUUAUGGCUACUGAAAACUUAACACUAUCAGUGAUGUACUUCCCUAAUGAGUCCUUCCCCGUAUGCUCCCCUGCUGGACCAAUCAUCAUCCUUCCUGAAUCAUUACUAAGAAUGAGAUGUUCGUCUGAGAUUGCCAACCCCGAAGUCAGCAUUGAUGUUACGACUGAUCAAACUAGAGCACUUACUUGGUCAUCCUCGAGCAUUGAUAAUACUGCACUACUGUCUUUAGAUCUCACAGUUGGAGUUGCCGAGAACGGUCUUCAGUUCACAUGCACAAUCACAUCACCGACGUAUUUUCAAGAAAUGAGUAGGUCAUGUACAAUUGGACCGAUCACGGUAGUGCCCCUGACGAUACCCACGACAGAACUCACAACAGAACCCACAACAGAAUCCACAACAGAUCCCACAACAUCAUCAACAACAACACCCGGCACAACAUUGGAACGGACACAGGCACCAAAUACUGAUCUAGCGCCCUUCCCGUCCGGGAUAGUUGCUACUAUACUACUCCUACUCGCACUCUCGUUCAUCGUCAACAUUCUUCUCGUCAUCCUGGUCUUAAGACAGAGACGGCUGAUCAAAGUCCUCCGUGCUCAGGGGAGAUCGCAAUCGGAGCCCGACCCCGAGCCAUACAUGAAUCUACAGCCUACUAUGAACACCGAGUACAUAGAGCCAGUGAUGACCAGUACGGAAGCCUCUGACCAGCACGUGUACUGUCACUCCAUAGAACCAGCUACAAACUGACGUAUAGUCCGUUGACAUGGACCCAUUUAUUUUG